CGCAAACUCACAGUCACUUCCUGUUAUUGAACCGGAGCAGCAACGUGGAUUCGGUGCAGAUCACCAGCGUUGUAGUAAUAGUGUUAUGUGUGAACAGAGACUUAUUUAUUUCUUACAAUGCAGAUAUCUAGUGUGAAUAAUGUGAAGAUUUACAAUUUAAGCCAUGGAAAGUCUCUUCCAGAGUGGCUGUCAAGAAAGAUGUCGGUGAGUUUGCAGCAGUAUUCCCUAGACAUCCAACGCAGGAUUGAGCUCAUUCAGGACUUUGAGAUGCCCACAGUGUGUACCUCUAUCAGAGUAUCAAGAGAUGGGCAGUUCAUCCUGGCAGCAGGCACAUACAAGCCCAGGAUUCGUUGUUAUGACACCUAUCAGCUUUCACUGAAGUUUGAGCGCUGUCUGGACUCAGAUGUUGUGGCCUUUGACAUCCUGUCUGAUGACUAUUCUAAGCUGGUGUUUCUGCACUCUGACCGUUACGUAGAGUUCCACUCCCAGCACGGACACUACUACAAGACACGUGUUCCAAAGUUUGGACGGGACUUUUCUUACCACUACCCCUCCUGUGACCUCUACUUUGUGGGGAUGAGCUCAGAGGUGUUCAGACUGAAUCUGGAACAAGGGCGCUUCCUCAGCUCACUUCAGACUGAUGCCGUGGAGAACAAUGUGUGUGACAUCAACCCCGUUCAUCAUUUGUUUGCCACAGGGUCCUCUGAGGGAAGGGUCGAAUGUUGGGACCCUCGUGUCCGGAAAAGGGUGGGCAUGCUGGACUGUGCCCUGAGCAGCCUCACUGAAGGAACAGAAGUUCAACAUUUGCCCUCAGUCAGUGCACUGAAGUUUAACGGCUCCCUCACUAUGGCUGUAGGCACCAGCACAGGACAGGUGCUGCUGUAUGACCUGCGCUCCAGCCAGCCUCUGCUGGUGAAGGACCACUUCUACAACAUGCCAAUCAAGUCACUCAACUUCCAUGAGCAGCUGGACCUGGUUGUGUCCGCUGACUCCAAGGUUAUAAAAAUCUGGAACAAAGACAGCGGCAAGAUAUUCUCCACCAUACAGCCUCAGGCCAACAUUAAUGAUGUUUGCAUCUACCCUCAUUCAGGUAUGCUCUUCACUGCCAAUGAAGAUUCCAAGAUGAACACGUUCUACAUCCCAGCUCUGGGCCCUGCCCCUCGGUGGUGUUCCUUCCUAGACAACCUGACUGAGGAGCUGGAGGAGAGCCCAGAGUGCACAGUCUAUGAUGACUACAAGUUUGUCACCCGGAAGGACCUGGAAAAUCUGGGUUUGUCUCACCUGGUGGGAUCAUCUCUCCUGAGAGCUUACAUGCACGGCUUUUUCAUGGACAUAAGGCUUUAUCACAAGGUGAAAAGCAUGGCAAAUCCUUUUGCAUACGAGGAGUAUCGCAAGGAUAAGAUCCGCCAGAAGAUUGAGGAGUCCAGGGCCCAGAGAGUACAGGUCAAGAAGCUUCCCAGGGUGAACCAGGAACUGGCUCUGAAGCUGAUGGAGGAGGGUGAUGAUGAAGCAGAGCUGGCUUCUAGGAAAAAGAAGGGCAAGGCUCUCCCCAGCAUUCUGGGUGAUGACCGCUUCAAGGUGAUGUUUGAAAACCCCGACUACCAGGUGGAUGAGCAGAGUGAGGAGUUCCGCCUGCUCAACCCCAUCGUCUCCAAGGUUGGACAGAAGAGGAAGAAGAAGCUGCGUCUCCUGGCUCAGCAGGCUGCUGCGUCCCAACAGGCUGAUGAAGAUGAAGAGGAGCCAGAGGGGCGAGCCAGCUCGGAAGAGGAGAGCUCGGACGACGACAAGAGCUGGGUGGAGGAGGUGAGGGAGCAGCGAAGGCUGCUGCGACAGGAGGGCCGCGACCGGCGGCGACAGGAGAGGAAGGAAGCAGACCGCAACACCGUGUUGCUGGAGACAGAACAGAAUGGAGGAGAGAAAACCUCGAACACGGCCAUGAGCAAGAAGACAAGUCAACCUCAGUUUUACCAGAUUAAAGCUGGGGAGGAGUUCAGAAGCUUCAACGACAUGGCCCAGAAGCAGAAACUACAGAAAGCCUCUCUGGAGGACCGCCUGAAGUUGGAGGAGCACUCAGAAACCAGCAACAUGGCCGACACUGCAGUGGGUAGCAAACAGCUGACCUUCACCCUCAAAAAGUCGGAACAGCAGUGGAAGCAGCAGCAGGCAGAACAGGAGCACUACAAAGAGAGGAAGAAGCUGAGGCGCUCAGCUGGACACCUGAGCAGCAGCAGAGGAAGAGGAAGAGGAAGACGCCGAUACUGAGGAGGGCUGCCUGGUCUGCUCUCAGGGCCUCAAUCAUGGAUGGAAAACUGAGGGACUCCCAGCAAAGUCUCCAUCUGAUAUCAGAGUUUUGUAGUUUCAUUCCAUUAACUCAACUCAGAUGUCUUCAAGUGUGCUGCUUUUUAGCUCUAGGGCCAUUCUGGAGACAAAGGCAGAGAUUCACACUGAUGAACAGGCAAGCCUGCCCUGCUCCUGGGUGGUCUGGGCCAUGUGUUUAGCUGCUCUCUGCAAAUUAAGAUUGUGGUAAAAACAUUACCUUAUGUUGCUGCCUGUGUGCAUAUUAUACUUAUGUCAUUAUUCAGAAGUACUUUGGUUGCAUACUUUUUAGCAGGAGUGGUUCCAGAAGGACUUAGAGAUGAAAAUCUGAAACAACUUGAUGUGACCUGCCUUGUCUAUUUUUUUUUAUUUCUCAGCAGAGCCUCCUACUUCAGUUAAUGGAGAGCAGGAAGGGUUUGUGUGGAAAAAGUAUUUGUAAUGUUCUUUGUUAUUGUUGUACAGUAUAUUGUUAAGACAACACUGGAUUAACACUUGCACAAUAUAUUUGGUGCAACACAUGUGUGCAUAGUUUUUAUUGCUUUAUGCCAUUUUGUAGAGUGACAAAAUGUAUAGCUAGUCAAACCAGAGCAUGCUUCCUUUGCAAGCAGAUAUGUACUUGUGCUAGAAGAGGAGGGGGAGAAAAAACCCUUGUUUUCCCCUUUCUUCACAACCAGCUGCAGUUCUUUGAAAUAGGACCGAGCGGCCUUCCCAUCCCCCAGAGUGCUGAUGGAUUGAACCUCAUUGCUUUUGCAAUGGCUUUUUUCAGUCCUCCACACACCAACAUUGGCCCCCAAACUCUUUUGAGCUCAUUGGAAGUCACCAUGGUCCAUCUUUUAGGUCAUGCAACACCUCACCUCUUCACCCUGGACAUUUACUGCAAGAGCCCAUGUUGUCAGUGUUGCAGCUGUAAAUGAAUAGCUAGAUCUUUUGGGAAGUACACUUAGUUCACCUGUGUGCAGUGUGUUGAAUGAGAAGAUUGAUACAACUUUCCUGCCAGGACAAUAAACAUGAAGCUAGAGCUGGCAGCCACUUAGCUUUAUGUUGAGACUGGAAACAGGGCGAAAGCUAGCCUGGCUCGGUCUGUGUAUCUCAUUUGAUUAACCCACACAAAGACCACAACAAAUUUUAAAAUGACUGGAUCUACAGGGGGUUAUGUGUCAGACUUCUUGGCUGAGAACAUUUCCCUGGAAACCAGCUGACAGGCUGAAAGGAUGUUGGUAUUCCUGGCAAACUGUUUUACAGUUUUCCCCUUUGUUUCACACUUUUUGUGUUGUCUGACACAUUUAGCAAAGUGUCACCUGUAUAGAUCUUUAAUCUAGGUUCCUCCUUUUUUCUUUCACCAUGUGUUGACGUCACCAUGACAACUGGCAGUCUGGCCUCAGGAAGUGGGUCAACCAAAUCUGGUACACACACAACAAGGAAACACUGAAUUUCCACAGAGGCGAGGAUGUGCUGUGUGACAGGAUGCUUUGUGGUUUGAGCUCUAUGAGGAAGAUUUCAGUCUUGUGCAAUUUAAGGUUGAUCAAAGGUACUACUUACUCAGAUCACUACCGAUUGGAGCUUGGUCACAGUCGGACACUGAACGUAGUAACAUUUCUUGUGGGUUUCGGACUGAACUGUAAACACAAAACAAGAGAAAACUGUUUCCUAAUGUUGCUGAACCAAAGCAGAUCUAAUGAAGGUCUGUAGUUUUUGUGUCCUCAGUUAAGCCAUUGUUGAGCCAGUGUGUCGAUUACUAGGUGAUCCACAGAAGACACUGUCACUCUGGUUUCAUAGGGACGACAUCGUGGGUAGAGAAUGGUUCAGUGUGAGGGAUCCAGAAUAACCAGCACAUUGUUUCUGAAAAGAAAA